GCGCUCAGAUAUACUGAGUGAGCCCGGAGAAGCAGUCUCAGAUCCUGACGGUGCAGCAGCGCGCAGCCUCAGCCAGAGAGUCCCAGCCGCUUUCAAUGGAGGAGAAGCCCGGCCAGCCACAGUCUCAGCACCAUCACAGCCACCACCAUCCGCACCAUCACCCUCAGCAGCAGCAGCAGCAGCAGCAGCAGCCGCCGCACCACCACCACCAUUAUUAUUUCUACAACCAUAGCCACAACCACCAUCACCACCACCAUCACCAGCAGCCUCACCAAUACCUGCAGCAUGGAGCCGAGGGCAGUCCCAAGGCCCAGCCAAAGCCGCUGAAACAUGAGCAGAAACACGCCCUCCAGCAGCACCAGGAAACGCCGAAGAAGAAAACAGGCUAUGGUGAACUAAAUGGUAAUGCUGGAGAAAGAGAAAUUUCUUUAAAGAGCCUGGGUUCUGAUGAAGCUACCAACCCUAUUUCCAGGGUACUCAAUGGCAACCAACAAGUUGUAGACACUAACCUGAAGCAGACUGUAAGGUCCAGCACCUUUGGGAAAGCAGGAAUUAAAACCAGGAAUUUCAUUCAGAAAAACAGUAUGGACAAAAAGAAUGGAAAGUCUUAUGAAAAUAAAUCUGGAGAGAACCAAUCUGUAGACAAGACUGAUGCUGUAGCAAUUCCAAAUGGUGUUGUAACAAAUAAUUCUGGCUAUAUUACUAAUGGUUAUAUGGGCAAAGGAGCAGAUAAUGAUGGUAGUGGAUCUGAGAGCGGAUAUACCACUCCUAAAAAAAGGAAAGCUAGGCGCAAUAGUGCCAAGGGUUGUGAAAACCUUAAUUUAGUGCAGGACAAAAUAAUGCAACAAGAGACCAAUGUCCCAACCUUAAAACAGGGACUUGAAACUUUCAAGCCUGACUACAGUGAACAAAAGGGAAAUCGAGUAGAUGGUUCAAAGCCCAUUUGGAAGUAUGAAACUGGGCCUGGAGGAACAAGUCGAGGAAAACCUGCUAUGGGUGAUAUGCUGAGGAAAAGCUCUGAUACUAAACCUGGUGUGAGCAGCAAAAAGUUUGAUGAUCGGCCCAAAGGAAAGCAUACUUCUGCUGUUGCCUCCAAAGAGGACUCGUGGACCCUAUUUAAACCACCCCCAGUUUUUCCAGUGGACAAUAGCAGUGCUAAAAUAGUUCCUAAAAUAAGUUAUGCAAGCAAAGUUAAGGAAAACCUCAACAAAACUGUACAGAACUCUUCCGUGUCACCAUCUUCAUCUUCAUCUUCAUCUUCUUCGUCAUCAGCUGGGGAAACUCAGACCCAACCUUCAAGUCGAUUAUCCCAGGUCCCUAUGUCAGCGCUGAAAUCUGUUACUUCGGCCAACUUUUCUAAUGGGCCAGUUUUAGCAGGGACUGAUGCAAGUGUAUAUUCUCCAGGGGGUCAGCCACUGCUAACUACUGCUGCUAAUACUCUAGCACCCAUCUCCUCUGGGGCUGAUUCAGUUCUCCAAGACAUGAGUCUGACUUCAGCAGCUGUUGAACAAAUUAAGUCCAGCCUUUUUAUCUACCCUUCAAAUAUGCAAACUGUGCUGUUGAGCACAGCACAAGUGGAUCUACCCUCUCAGACAGAUCAGCAAAACCUGGGGGAUAUCUUCCAGAAUCAAUGGGGUUUAUCAUUUAUCAAUGAGCCCAGUGCUGGCCCUGAGACUGUUAUUGGGAAAUCAUCAGAUCAUAAAGUGAUGGAGGUGACAUUUCAAGGGGAAUAUCCUGCCACUUUGGUUUCACAGGGUGCUGAAAUAAUCCCCUCAGGAACUGAGCAUCCUGUGUUUCCCAAGGCUUAUGAGCUGGAAAAACGGACUAGUCCUCAAGUUCUGGGUAGCAUUCUAAAAUCUGGGACUACUAGUGAGAGUGGAGCCUUAUCCUUGGAACCCAGUCAUAUAGGUGACCUGCAAAAAGCAGACACCAGUAGUCAAGGUGCUUUAGUGUUUCUCUCAAAGGACUAUGAGAUAGAAAAUCAAAAUCCUCUGGCGUCUCCUACGAACACUUUGUUAGGCUCCGCCAAAGAACAGAGAUACCAGAGAGGCCUAGAAAGGAAUGAUAGCUGGGGUUCUUUUGACCUGAGGGCUGCUAUUGUAUAUCACACUAAAGAAAUGGAGUCUGUUUGGAAUUUGCAGAAGCAAGAUCCCAAAAGGAUAAUCACUUACAAUGAAGCCAUGGAUAGUCCAGAUCAAUGAAGGACCAGACUGCCUAUUUGUAACCUUUCUGCAGCAUUAGAGCCACCGUUCAUGGGGGACACAAGGCUUUUAUGCUCCUAGAUCUUCAACGCAGCAGAGGAACCAUAAGUAGAAUCACAGGAUAAUAUAUACAAAUAUAUAUAUAUACAUAUAUAUAUAUAUAGUUAUUUAAAAAAGGCAACUGAAAGUAAUUAGACUUCUUAAGGAAUCAAAUUUAUUUCAAGAGACUACACAUGGUUAUUUAAUCUCCGGUACUGAGUAGUUUUGUUCUUUUUUCUUUUGUUUUUGUUUUUUAAGUGUGAAUGCAAGUGAUUAAUGAAUAUGGACUUAUUAACAAGCGUGGUUCUAAAGUUCCUGCUGUCAUCAACUUGGGCAACAAAUGACCCACCGGAAAGGCAAAUCCACUUAAAAGAUCCCUGUAUCUUGUUCUGUGACUAAAGUGAUACACUAAUCACGGGGAACCCAGAAUGAUUCAACAUUUUCCCCCACUCCUCCCUUGAUCUUUUGGUUAUACUUUGAACCCUGCGAGAAUGCUGGAUAAAUGCCUUGAAAUUUGCAGGGGUGUAAUUUUUUUUAGCGAAUAUGGUUUGCAUGUCUUGCCAGGAGUUAAGCAGCCUCUUUGGGAUGUUGGGGAAAUAUUUUCUUUCUUUCCUUUUAUUUUUUGUGGGGUGGGGGUAGGGGAGGGCAUUGAAGUUCUAUAAUUCUGGAAUAGUUGGUGGUACUUAGUUCACUUGGCUUUGAUUACAUAUUGGACUUUAAUAAGUAAAGAAUCCAUGAGCGCAAUUUAAAGAAAAGUUACAGAACAAACAAUUGGCUUUAGAUGUUUAAUAUGGAAAAAUACUCCUAUGCCCAUAUUAAUGUAAUUGUAUAAGUGGGAGCAAAAAUAUAUUCUGCUUUUCAACUGUAGGUGCUCCAGACUUGCUCUCUGUCACUAACACUAAAUGUGCUAUUUUCUUGUUUUCAUCAAACAUCUGAAGAGAAACCUCUGUACCUUUCUGUAAAUUCUCUUUUAGUUUUUUAGAAAUAUCUAAAAGGGGAAGAAAAAAAGUCCAUGAAAACUAUAAAACUUCUUGUUUUUAGCCAGUGAGGAGGUAAAUAAACCCUACUUAUAGAAGGUGUGUUUUCAUGCAAACUAUACUUCUGAGCUUAUUAGCUUCUAAUUAUAUCUUAAUAAAUAUAUUUUAUUACUAGAGCAAAUGGGUUUUUUAAGGAAAAUAAUGUGAAAUUCUGGAAAUUUUCUUUUGGGCAGAGAAGAGCAUUAGCCCUGUCUUAUCAUCACAUUACCAUCCUGUUGCACUGCAGCUUGUAUAUAGCAUGCUAAAAUAAAUUUUUUUGUGUGUGCAGAAACUGAGGGUCCAAUUUAAGAUUGGGUGAUGUUAGUGGCAUAAAAACAAGUUCUCUGGCCUGACCUAGCACCGCGUCUCUCUCUCUCUCUCUCACACACACACACACACACACACACACACACACACACACACACACAUACAGAAAUUAGUAUAUCCAUGUAUGUCAAGUACAGGUUAAAAUAGCAGGGCAUUUAUAGAGAGAGGUGUAGUCUUCUAAUAAAAGUAGACUGGAUCCCCAGGGGUAUUUGGGGAAAAGUAACUACUUUUGCUCAACCCUAUCGCUUAAGAAAUGUCCAGUUUUGAGUGACUGUAGUAUGGAUGAGUUUUCUUAUUUUGUUGAUUAUUUGAGGCUUUUAACAAGUAGAUUGUAAAAGAAGCUGUUGGACUCAGCAUAGAGUAGAGAAAAUAUCUUUAUAGUCUGGAUUUCUGCCCUGCUUAGAUUUUAAAAGUAUAAGCAUGGAUUGCCAAUUCCACUUGAUGUAAACAAAACUUUUAUACAUAAUAUAUAUAUAUAUAUAAUAAUAACUUAUUGUAUCAGUCCAGGUUCAGAAACUUGUGGUAGGCCAGUUCCAGAUAGUUUCAUUUCACCUGUAAACUGUAUCACUUUUACGAAUAUUGUAAUUUUCAAAUGUAUAAUAUGUUUACAGAUGUGCCCUGCAUUUAGUCUGCCUUGUUCUUAUUUUGAUUUUUGUUGAGUCUCCUGCCUGCUUGCCAAAAGCUAGGAUGCUUCAGGCCCAUGUACAAUUGAAAGCAGAGGCAUCCUUGAGCUUUAAAGCAUUGAACAAACUGGAAAAUGCAUCAUACCACAUACUGAAGUGAAAGAAGUCUGUGUUUUUGUGUUUUUUUUUUUUAAAUAAAAAUUUUCAAAAGGUUAAAAAAAAAAAGAUACAAGGUUGAUUAAAGGAAAAAAAAAAGGCUCCAGUUUGUUUUAUAGGUUUUAAAGUUCUGUGUGUUCAAUUGCCUUGUGUAACCACUUGUCGCCUUAGGGCCAGAUUCUCUCCCUCCCCCGUCCCCCUCUUUUUUUUAAACAUCUGUUUUGCUUGCCUAGAAUUUGAAAGCUCUUCUGUCUCACGACUCACAAGAAACUUUCUGGGUUAGUGACAUACAGAGGUUGAAUGAAUAUAUAUUUUAAAAGAAAAAGAAACAACCUCCAUCUGACAUUUUAAUCUAGAAGCAACACUUACUUUAAAAUACCUUUCAAAAGCAGUUGUUGCUUUCCUACUUCCCUUCCAUAUAUCCCUCAGGCCUCCAUGUUUAGAGAAGCCAAAAAGAGAAUGUAUCCCUUCUCUGUUUGUCCAAAGGUCUUUGAGUCUCACUUCUAAAUGAAACAAUGCAACAUUUCACUUUGAUUUCCCCACUGGAAUUUCCCUGAUUAUAUCAUUAGAGGUAUAGAGUUAGGGAUGUCUCUUAACCUUCUGGGAAGCCUGGUGCCCCAUUAUAUUAACUAUCAGUAUUUUGGGGGCAUUGGGUUAAUGGACUUACUUGCCUAGGUACAAGCAGGACUUUGGGACGUUAUUUCCUUUGUGCUGUUUGGUAACACUUAACUCUACUUGUCGCAAUCUUCUUAGGUCCUCACACAAUUCCUUACAGAGCACUUAUUAAAAAAAAAAAAAAAAAAAAAAAAACUUAAGAGUUGAUCUGUUUUCUGAUUAUUUUGUGUAAACUUCUAAACUCCAGCUGUGAUUAAUUUAGCAUAUUUAAAUAACAUUGAUGUGUUAUUGUUUGGUAUAAAGAAUUUUUCUUCGACUCAGAGUAUUAGUACUGUAGCAUAAACCAAAUACAGUCUAGAGGGGAUUUUUAACAUCCCUCCAUUAUAAAGACUGAAAAGGUGUGUGUGUGUGUUGUAUGUGUGUGUUGUGUGCUUGUAUGUGCGAGGAGAUAUUAAAAGUUAGUAAAUGAAUGUGUGUAAGACAUUAUAUUAGUAUUCAGAGAAUGAACUUGUAUUUAUUUUGUGCCAUUUGUUUUCAUUACAUGGAAUAAAGUCAGGUGGUUUUAAUCCUUAAAAGGGUAGUAUUUGAAAAAUGGCACUAAGAAUGAAAUCAUGACCUAUUUUUUUAAUAGCUAUGAAGAUACUAAUUAUGGGUGAAGAUUCCUUUUUAAAUCUGUCUUGAUUGUAGGCUUCUGUGUCACAUACCACUCUCAUAGAUGUCUUGAAUAAUUCCCCACAGAAGACAGGGUGUAUUUAUCUUUCUCUUCAUUCACCCCACUUGCUGAACUGAAAUUAAUUCCAUAGCCUUUCCUCUGACCUUAGUAUUGAGCUUUCAAAUACAGUGUAUUUACAGCAUCUGUAGUUAGCCCUUCUUUACUUUUUAGGAAGGGAUAGACAAUAAGUAGGAAUUUGUUAAUGCCAGUUUGUUUUUCCUUGAAAUAAAUGGCUGGAGAGGUUUAGAUUUUACUGUUCUCCUUAAUCAUGUGCUUACCUAAUCAUCACAGAAUCUGCAAAAACUUUAUAAAGGAAAAAAAGUGCUGCAUUGUUUUUUUAAAUAAGGAUUUCUAGGGAAAAUAUGACAAACCUCAGUUUUGAGUGUUGUCCACAAUACGAAAUGUGUUUCUUUACAAAACAUCACAUAGCAGCAGUAUUUUUUGCUUGGUUGUUAGGCUUGUUGCUAACCCAGUUUGAAGCAUCUAGUGGUUUAUUUUAUUGCUGUACACUUUUUAAAUACACAAAAGCCAUUUAGUGUGAAGUUACAUGUCAUGUACCAAAUGGCAAGGAAAUUUGGAAGAUUUUACUUGUUUUUAAAUUGUGCUAAAUAGAGAGGAAGUCAUUUCCUUCAAGGCUUUCUUUCUCAAGAGAAAUAGAUUAAGAAGUCCAAUUUCCAAGAAUUACAAGUAUAGUUUUGCCACUGUCCUGUCCUCAAAUAACACAUGAUCCCUGUACUCACUAUGUGAACAGAUGCUAUAGUGGGACAGAUGUUAUGCUGAAGUCUGUUGUUCCUUGUAGAUUCUGAUCAGGCAGUAUCUUUUAAUUUUCUGUUGGAUUUUAAAAGGAAGGGUAGAAUUUGCUCAUCUCUUCCCCCACCCCCUGCCGCCACCCUGGCCAAGUGUUGGUAUUCGUGUAAAUGGGAGAGGCAGAGGACAAGACUAGAAGAGUAAUAGCUGCUCUGUUUGCAGAAAUUCAUUAGGUUAUCAAUUAGUUCUUAAUAUUGAUGUUAUUUCCAUUAAUGUAAUUAACUGACAGAGCACCAGGAUUCUUUUAUAGUGAGAAAGAUGAGCUUCUGCUUUAAGUGUCUUAAAGUGUUACUUUUCAAAUAUACAUGUGUGAGAACCAGGACCACCCUGAGCUGGUUUAAAGAAUGAUGAAUCAAUCAUUGGCUUCACUCAAAAGCACUGCUUUACUGUUUUAAAUUUCACGCCAUAUUGCUACUUGAGAAGGAUCUUAUGAAUAGUUUUAAUUUGUCUGCACAAUGAAAAUUCCCAGUGAAGCAUGAAUGGUAUGUUGCUUUUGCAUUACUGGGAGUGUCAAAUAGUAAUUAUCAGCCAGAAACCUACGAAAGUCAUCCUCACUUGUGGGAUUGCUGAUUCAGACUUCCCUGUUUAUCCAUAAAAUUUUGUUUUAUGUCCAGAGUUCUAAAGCCAUUUUAUAAUAUUGCAGUAUCCCUUUUCUACAGCCUUAUUAAAAUAGCUACAAACAUUUUCCAAGUUCAGUUUCACUUUGAUUGCAUAUCAGAAUUUUACUCUAUAGACCAACAAACCAACUUGAGGUGAAUUGUAUAGCUUUCCAUAUACUGUUUUUUUUCCUCAGGUGCUAAACAAAGGCUCCAAAAGUGGAUACUGCUUCAGUAAUGUCUGCUUUAUUAAAUAAUUAUUCACUAGGUGUAAAGAUUUGGUGUUAACAAAAGUGGUUUUAAUAUGUAAAUAUGAAUGAAUGCCUUUAGUAUGCCCCUGUUUGUCUCUUAUGUUUCAUUUAUCCUCUAUAGAGGAGGAUCUUUUCAUGAUAUUAAAUACAUUUCAUUAGCUAUUGUUGCAUUUUUAGGAUGAAAAUACAACUAUUUUCUGUCUUGGAUUAAUCCUGCUGCUGCUAUGAGAAACUGAAAAAUCAAGAAUGUGAUGCACUUUUUAUGUAACUAUAUACCAUACCUUUAUAGGUUGCUUUGAUACCUUUCCUGUAGCACAGCCACUAACAAAAGUGAAUGAAUUUAAAAAUUAUUGGGAGAGAAUCAGUACAAAUAAUUAUUUAUGGUAUUGGCCUAUGAAGGACAUUAACUUAGAAAAAUACAAAUUCUGUUAAUAAUAUACUUUUUGGCCUUAAAAAAUGUCUUCUGCUGAAAAUCUUUUAAAUCCUAAUUUUGCUUCUGUUAUUCCCUCUCUGCCUCAUUAAGAGGAGUUGGGAAGAAUGGCAGGAAGUAGUAUCAUUGAUUGGUUUGUUACUGAUCUUUUAGAAAAAAAAUAUUUGUCUACAAUGUUAAACUGGGGACUUUUUGUUUGUAUGCAGAGGAGAAAUGCUGCUCCAAGCCAAUCCAACUCAGUUUAAUCAAAUCAAUCAAAAUCAGCUAUUCUGCUUCUGUAGUGUAUUUUUACUUAGCAAAGAUAAACCUUAGUAGGAAUGCUACUUGACAAGAGGAAAAGUCGUUUCUCAAGCACAUACUCAAAACUUGAAGGAGAUUGAACCCAAUAUGAUGGAGGAAACACCAAAUGGGGUGGAGGAGUAUGAGAAAGAUGUGGUCCAAAGCUAUCUGAUUAUAUUUUGAUGUUGCCAAUAUUGCAAAGCCAAAAUUUUAAUUUGCUUACUUAAUAUAUUUGUUGGCCAGAGAUCUAUUUUUGUAUCAAUGUGCCUUGCAUGUAUAUUAAAAAAAAUUUGGAAAGGCCAUGUAAUAAUGCCUGAGAUAGUUGAUGGUUCUUACCACCUCACUAAUUUUUAUGCAGUAUGAAAUGCUCAUUCUAUCGCCCAACUGGUGCUCUCUGUUAAAAGUUAUAGAUCUUGUCACAAACUGGAACUAUUUUAUAAACUGGGGAAGUGAUUUGAUUUACUUUUUUGGUUUUUUUAAUUUUUUUUGUUGUUGUUGUUCUUAGUCUGUUAGUGGCUGUUCUGUAGUGGGAAAUAGUAAAAGGAUUCUUCACUUCCUUUCCUCCCCUUUCAGCACCUUCAAGUAAUGUGAUGACACCAUUUCUUGUGUGCUUUGAAAAAAGUUUUGGCUUGCUGUUUCCUUUAGUGUUAUAAAGUGUUAUAAAAAGCAUUGUUUGCAAAAUCUAGGGAGAUAAUGGAGUCCACUUUAAUUUGGAAUUCUGUAUGAGCUAUGAUCCAAGUUAUUGGCUCUUUCCAACUUGAAAAAAAAUUUAUUGUUAAAGCACCUUGCUUAGAAAUUUUUAAAUAUUUAUGUCUGCAACAAUUGUCUCAAAAUAAUGAACUGUGCAAUUCUUGUCAUUAAAAAAAAAAAUCUGAACUCUCCCUACUGUGACUUGUUAGUUUCUCUGUAUUUCCUGCCAGUGUAAAUGUGAAAAGCUUUGCUUGCAUUACGUUUUAGAAAUGCAUUUUGCACACUCGAAUUUUGCUGAAGCUCCAUGAAAAGGUUAGAUCUAAGUAGAUGAAUAAAGCUAUGCACAUGUUUUGAAAGUUUAAUUUGUGUGUCAUUACCAAAAGUGACCUAUUAUUACUUUGCUGCUCUUAGUUUUACCAUCUUAAGAAACAUGGCUCAAAGUUAUAGUUCUGGGCUAGUUCAUCAAUGGAACUAGAAGAGGAAAAUUGGCACCUAUUUUAAUAAUACAGAUUUUAAUGAGACAUUGACUUGUAUCUACUAAAGGGCUUUUUUUUUUUUUUGAAACAGGGCAGUUUUAUCAGCUUUACAAACUUGGAUAUUCUUCAGUGAAAUUUUGGGUUAUUUGAUCAAAUAGAAAUGGGAAGUAAUUGAAACUGAAAUGAAGGAAGGACCUUUGCUACAUGGAGUUCUGUGAUAGUUUUAUGUCUUAAACCUGGUUUAAAGGUAGGAUAACAUUUUUUAACCUUUGCUUUAGCAUAAAUUUGGCUUACUGAAUGAAUGACUUGAGAUUAGAAGUAUUCAGUUGUUUGAAGAUCAAAGCACAGGUUAUUUUAAAGAUAAUAUGUAUCUUUUUAAAAACUGUCCAAGCUGAUUAGAACAGGUUUAGGAAUUGGUCUGAUUUGGUUUAAUUGCUGCAGUCUGCAUGUAUUAAAUAGCUUUACUUCACAUGUUUGUGUACUUAAAAGAUUGUGUAGAUGUACUGGGCAGGUUUUGUCAAAUCAUCUAUUAAAAGAUUGUUUUGUAUUCUCUUCAGGACCUUUGUAGAAGAGGCUAAUACAUUUAAGUAGAGAUAAUGCUAAUGGUAUUUUCCCCUUGCUCUUAUAUAUAAAAGAAACAUUUCCAUUUUAUAGCUUUCUCCUAUAUGUAGAAGAAAAUUACUUCACUAUCAUCAGGUGUGUCUGGAUGUAUGUGGUUGACUGAAAAUACAGCAAAAACCCUUCUGUAUCUCCACUGAAAGUGACAGUUAAAAACUAAGUCUGCUAGUCAAGAUGUGAAAGGUGGCCCAUGAUGCAUGGCCUUAAAAGGCAUGAAUGCAGGAGUGUAGCAUCCUUGAUGACUGACUACUCCUCAGCAUCUGUCAGUAGUUCACAUGUUUAAAAAGCAGAGUAAUUUCUGUGUCUUGGGUGCAUCAGCACUUAGGAGCUGAGUUACAUCUUAAUCUGGGGAAAGAAUACUGGGCUACAGUUACAUUAUAGGAUGUUUUUCCCUCCCUCUCCCACUUAAGGUCUUUUUAGUGUUGUUUUGCCCAUUCAAAAAGAUAGGCCUUUUCUAGAUAAAAGAACAGUGGCCAGAAAUUUUGCUUUUUGCUAAAUGCUUAGGUAUUUGCCAUAGCCGUUUCUAAUGUCAUGGAUUCUGAGGAAGUGUCAGUUACACAAUGAUCUUCCUUUAUUGAUGUCUUACUUCAUGUUCAGUGUUUUAAAAAUAUAAAUUACACUCUACAUCCAUACCCAGAUUUACUUAUUUUAUCAGAAAAAACUUGAGAAAUUUGUAGAUCAAAUUAAGAGACAAUAAGUGUACAUUGUUGAAUAAAAAAUUUUAAAGUUU